CUCGUCUUCUUCCCAAUCCAAUCCAUUACAGCUGACGUAAUAAUAAUAAUUAAUCGACAUAUAAAAAAUUAUUUUAUUAAAGAUUAAAAAAAAAAAAAGAUUUUAUCUGUUGUCUUCGUCUCUCUUGUGCGCUUGCCACCACAACGUUGUCUUCUCGGGCUACUCAUCAUAUCUCUUUGAUUGGGUUUAAGUUUUAUCUAAUGGCUUCCAAUCCAGACAAGAAUCUGUCUCCUUCAGAUGAUAAACCGGAAUCAGAUAACAAGAGUCCUAAACCGGAAUCAGAGAGCAAGAGUCCUAAACCGGAAUCAACAGCUUCAUCAGCUAACCCUGGCUUAAAUUUCAAUGCUUUUGAUUUCUCUAAUAUGGCUGGUAUCCUCAACGAUCCAAGUAUCAGAGAAUUAGCUGAGCAGAUUGCUAAAGAUCCUGCCUUUAAUCAGUUAGCUGAGCAGCUUCAGAGAUCUAUUCCAAACGCAGCUCAAGGAGGUGGAGCAGGAGGUGGUGGGUUCCCUAACAUUGAUCCACAACAGUAUGUUAGUACGAUGCAGCAGGUUAUGCAUAACCCUGAGUUUCAGACUAUGGCUGAGCGUCUUGGUAACGCCUUAGUGCAGGAUCCACAAAUGUCUCCUUUCUUGGAGGCUUUCUCAAACCCUGAAACAGCGGAGCAUUUUACUGAGCGUAUGGCGCGGAUGAAAGAGGAUCCAGAGUUGAAACCUAUACUUGAUGAGAUUGAUGCUGGUGGUCCUUCUGCUAUGAUGAAGUAUUGGAAUGAUAAAGAUGUGCUGAAAAAGCUUGGUGAAGCAAUGGGUAUGCCUAUUGCUGGCUUGCCAGAUCAGGCUGCUUCCGGUGAACCCGAGGUUGCAGUAGAAGAAGGCGAAGAAGAAGAAGAGUCUAUUGUUCAUCAAACCGCCAGUCUUGGUGAUGUUGAGGGUUUGAAAAAUGCUUUGGCGUCUGGUGGUAACAAAGAUGAAGAAGAUUCUGAAGGAAGGACAGCAUUGCAUUUUGCUUGUGGAUACGGCGAGUUGAAAUGUGCUCAAGUUCUUAUCGAUGCUGGAGCAAGUGUUAACGCCGUUGACAAAAACAAGAACACACCUCUGCAUUACGCUGCUGGUUAUGGGAGGAAAGAGUGUGUAAGCCUUCUCCUUGAGAAUGGUGCUGCUGUGACUCUUCAAAACCUAGACGAGAAGACACCUACUGAUGUGGCCAAGCUCAACAACCAGCUCGAGGUGGUGAAGCUGCUCGAGAAGGAUGCUUUCCUUUGAGCAUGGAUGCUAUGAUAUUGCCUUUGAUGGAUCUGUCUUGUGUUGUGUCUCUUGAACCAAUUUCACAGACCUCUCUGUAUACUUCUUUUUCUAAUUUCACUAGUUACUACUCUCUCUCUCCUUCUAAACUUGUCUCCUAUGGUAUUUUUGAUUUCAUCAAAAGUCAAUAAAGAAAGAAAGAGCAAUCCAUGUUUUCACUUCUCAUAAUUAGUUUACUUUUGUAACAAAAUUUUCAAGAAUCAUUUUGGUUUGAAAGAUAUGUAUUAAGACCAAACUACUUCAUACCAAAGUGAUUCUAUUCUUUUGUGUACUGUUGUCUGAAAAUUCCCUAUGUCG